AUGCAGCUCCUCUCCCUCCUCGUCCCCCUCUCCUUCCUCUCCCUCACUUUCGCCGCCAACGCGGACGUAUGGAGGAAGCAGUCCAUCUACCAAAUCAUCGUCGACCGUUACGCCCUCCCCGAGGGUGCUGCCACAGACGCGUGCGAUCCCGGGGCACAGACAUGGUGCGGUGGUACUUGGAACACCAUCAAGGACAACCUCGACUACAUUCAGAACAUGGGCUUCACUGCCGUUUGGAUCAGCCCCGUGUCCCAGAACUAUGAGGGCGAGCGCACGCCCUACGGCGACCCUUACCACGGAUACUGGAUCUCGGAUGCCACCAAGCUCAACUCCAAGUUCGGCACCGCUGAUGAUCUCAAGGCGCUGUCUGAUGAACUUCAUAAACGCGGAAUGCUACUCAUGGUCGAUGUUGUCGUCAACAACGUGAUGUCCCUCUCCACCGACCUCUCUGACCUCUCCACGUUCACGUUCAAGGACCAGUCGCAGUACCACCCUUACUGUCCCAUUCAAUGGGGGAACACCAGUAGCGAGCAGUCAUGCUGGCUCGGAGACACCAAAGUCGCUCUCCCUGAUGUCAACACUCAGGACCCGACUGUGGUUUCCACGUACAAGUCGUGGAUCUCUGCUCUCGUCAAGGAGUUCAACAUCGAUGGUCUCCGUAUUGAUGCUGCCAAGCACGUGAACAUGGACUUCUGGCCGCAGUUCUGUGGUGCCGCUGAUGUCUUCUGCAUUGGCGAAGUCUUCGACGCAGACCCCGGCCAAGCACUCCAGUAUCAGGGAACCCAGGCACUCGAUUCCAUCCUGAACUACCCGCUGUACAACGCUCUUGUGUCGGCUUUCACCAUCCCGGGUCCUCAGAACAUGAGUGCCUUGGUUGAUAUUGUCGGUCAGAUCAAGAAGAAGUCAACGGAUACCACUGUUCUCGGCAACUUUUUGGAGGACCAGGACGUCCCCCGGUGGGCGAACAUGUCUGUCGAUCCUCAGAGCAUGUGGAAUGCCAUGAUCUUCUCUUUCCUCUCAGACGGUAUCCCCAUUGUGUACUACGGCCAAGAGCAGGGCUUCCAAGGCAACGCUGAUCCGCAAGUGCUAUACAACCGUGAACCUCUUUGGCCUUCGACCUACGCCAACACCACCAGCUACAAUCUUAUCUCCAAGCUCAACCGGCUGCGUAACUUCAUGAUCAACAACACCGCCGGCUGGGAGUCGAUGUCCACAGAGAUUCUGAGCCACACGGAUACCAGCAUUGUCAUCCACAAGGGCGAUGUUAUCACUGUGCUGACGAACAUCGGGUCUCCUCCCCAGGCACUCACUACGCAUGCCUACACGUGGCUAAACGCGAGCUCGUCCACAACAGAUAUCCUUACCUGCAAGCAGUACGCUGUUGGCAGCAACGGCACUGUUAUCGUCGAUUACUCGCAAGGUGGAGUCCCUGUGAUCCUCAUGCCCGACCACUCUCUUGCGGGUUCUGGUUUGUGCGGUUACACCAAGACGUCGCUUUCCACAAGCAACACGCAGUCCACGACCAAGAAUGCGGCACUCACGAGCGUGCUGUCCUCGCAGUCGCUCGCUCUCAUCAUGGGUGCGCUCAUGACAGUCGCAAGCUUCCUGGCUCUGUAG